GAGAAGCGGGAGGAGUAGUAGGCGGUGAUAUUGCUGGGACCGAGAUGGCGGACGCUCCUCCUGGUGUCGAAGUGCCGGAUCUAGGCAGUUGGAGCAUCCCGGAGCUGCAGGCCAAGCUCAACGAGAUCGGCUUCCCGACCCAAGGUGUACGAGAGGAACUUAUUGAGCGCCUACAGAACUACAGCUUACAGAAUGGUGUGGUCCUGACUCGACCUCACCGGGGUGACGACAUGGACAAGGGGCACCCAAUGCCACCCCUGCCAGGGCAGGUGCCCGGAAUGCAGUUGCCCCCUCGCACAAUGGGGCUGAAUCGCAUGCCUGGAAUGCAGAUGGCUUUCCCCAUGGGAGUUGUCCCAGCUGGAAUGGGUCCCCGCCUCCACAUGCCCUCGGUUGACCCAUCUACUCUGUCCGAGGACGAGCGUCUCAAACUCGCACAGCAGCAGGCAGCCAUCCUGAUCCAACAGGAGGAGCAGGCUAAGCAGGGCGGUGAGCGGACACUGGAUGAACAGAUGAAAGACCAGGAGCUGCUCGAGCAGCAGAAACGGGCUGCUGCAUUACUGGAACAGGAGAGGCAGCAACAGGAAAUGGUUCAAAUGCAGCAAGGACCCCCUGGCACAAGACCGAUGGAGAUUGGGCCACGACCAGCCUUAGGUGCUAGAGUUACUGCUGUUCCCAUGCCCCUGACUGCAGUACGGCCUGUCUCUGUAGCUGCUUCGUUAUCUGCACCCACCCUGGGACCACGCAUUCGAGGACCUCCCCCACCGCCCGGCGAAGAGAACAGAGAGAAUGACGAUGGAGGUCCUGGUCCGAGAAUUCCCCAAGUCCUGGAGAAGAUCCUGCAGCUCAAGGAGCAACGUCAGGUGGAGCUCACAGCUUCAACAGAAGCUUCAGACGAUGGCGAGGCAACAGUUGGAGCCACUUUGACACCGGCUGAUACUGAAGAGGAUGAGAUUGUGUCCUCACUGUCGAAGAAAGAGAGAAAUCGUAAACGUCGGAACAGAAAGAAGAAGAAGAAAUCAAACCGAAGCGAGGUGAAUGGAGUUCAGAAGAAAGAGGAGAAGCCACCAACAGUGACAGACACAGAAUCGGAAGUGGAGGUGGAGUAUGUGACUGCAGAGCCAGAAAUCUUUGACACAAACUUCAUCUACUUCAAAAGGAUCUUCGAGACAUUCAGGCUGACGGACGAUGUGAAGAAAGACAAAGACAAAGAGCCAGACAAAGCGGACAAGCUGGAGUCAGCAGUUCUGCUGAAGAAGAAGGGCUUUGAGGCAGAGCAGAAAGGGAGCAGUGAUGAAGAUGAGGAUGUUGACAGUGAUGAGGAUGUGGAAAAACGGGAUGAUCUCCCAAAGUUAUCGAAGAAGAAAUUACGGAGAUUGAAUCGUUUGAGUGUGGCUGAACUGAAACAGCUGGUGGCACGCCCCGAUGUGGUGGAGAUGCACGAUGUGACAGCCCAUGACCCGAAGCUGCUGGUUCAUCUGAAGGCCACUCGCAACUCUGUGCCCGUGCCCCGCCACUGGUGCUUCAAACGCAAGUACCUGCAGGGCAAGAGGGGCAUCGAGAAGCCCCCCUUCGAGCUGCCCGAGUUCAUCCGACGCACCGGGAUCCAGGAGAUGCGGGAGGCGCUGCAGGAGAAGGAGGAGCAGAAAACCAUGAAGACCAAAAUGAGGGAGAAAGUGCGCCCAAAAAUGGGGAAGAUAGAUAUCGACUACCAGAAGCUUCACGAUGCUUUCUUCAAGUGGCAAACCAAACCCAAGCUGACCAUCCAUGGUGACCUGUACUAUGAGGGUAAAGAGUUUGAGACCCGGCUGAAGGAGAAGAAACCUGGAGAUUUAUCUGAUGAGCUCAGACUGGCUCUGGGAAUGCCUGUUGGAGCGAACGCACACAAGGUCCCUCCACCGUGGCUGAUUGCCAUGCAGAGAUACGGUCCUCCUCCAUCCUAUCCCAAUCUCAAAAUCCCCGGCCUCAACUCUCCUAUCCCAGAGAGCUGCUCCUUUGGUUACCAUGCUGGAGGAUGGGGAAAGCCACCUGUCGAUGAAACUGGUAAACCACUGUACGGCGAUGUGUUUGGAACCAAUGCGCUGGAAUUUCAGGCGAAGACUGAGGAAGAGGAGUUGGAUCGGACUCCCUGGGGUGAGCUCGAACCUUCCGAUGAGGAAUCCUCGGAGGAAGAGGAGGAGGAGGAUGAGAGUGAUGAAGAUAAACCAGACGACACCGGCUUCAUCACCCCAGCUGACAGUGGGCUGAUUACCCCAGGGGGUUUUUCCUCUGUCCCGGCCGGAAUGGAGACCCCUGAACUCAUUGAAUUGCGGAAGAAGAAGAUCGAGGAAGCCAUGGAUGGCGGCGACACCCCUCAGCUGUACAUCCCGGUGCCAGAGAAACGGACAGCGACAAUCGGGGGAGCCAUGAUGGGCUCGACACACAUCUAUGACAUGUCGGCGGUGAUCAGCCGUAAGGGCCCGGCCCCUGAGACCCAGGGGAUCGAGGUGGCUCUGGCACCAGAGGAGUUGGAGCUCGACCCAAUGGCCAUGACCCAGAAAUACGAGGAGCGGGUCCGUGAGCAGCAGGCCCAGGUUGAGAAGGAGGAUUUCAGCGACAUGGUGGCUGAACAUGCUGCCAAACAGAAGCAAAAGAAGAGGAAAGCCCAGCCCGCUGACAGCAACCGAGGAACUAAGAAAUACAAGGAGUUCAAAUUCUAACUUUACCCAACCACAGCCUUCACCUGUUCUCUCUGCUUCCCCACUUCGUUGUAUUAAAGUUGUGAUUUUUUUUUUAAACAGU